AUGGCGUUCCUCAACUUGGAGUGGUCUGGCAAUGCUGGCGCCUGCUGGGGCCUCAACUGCAGCCUGGGCUGGUGGUGCUGUGGACCCUGCCAUCUUGCCAAGUUCCACUCCAAGACCGUUGACCAGGACUUCGUCUCCCCCCUCGUCCGCCGCAACCUCCGCGUCGGCCUGGGCGUCGGCAAGGACGAGACCAUGGACCUCGUGGGCGACUUCCUCUUGGUCUGGUGCUGCGGACCGUGCGCCAUGGGCCAGAUGCUCAGGGCCGCCGACAAGGCCGACUGGAACUCCUUCCCCGAGUGGGGGCCCUCCCUCGGCCGCGUCUCCGUCGAGCCCUUCAAGAUGAUGAAGUAA